UUUUGAUCGUCUAUUGUGCGGUUGGCCGUUAGAAAGACAUUGUUCACAAGUGUUUGGGGCGCAACGCCGAAUGUGUUUAAAGCUAGCUUACAACAUAGAGAAGCAAUUAUAGAGAAGUAAAAUGUCACUUGGAAGAUUAGUAAAGUUGCAAACACUGACAACAAAGCCUUUGCGUAGAGCUUAUUCAGCAGCUCCAGAAUUAACGCAGAUUCGGCACAAUGUAAAACGAAGCGAUUACGCCAACUUGGAAGACAAGGAUAUUGCUUUCUUUGAGUCCAUUGUUGGCAAGCGUUACGCGCUACAAGAAGAUUUACAAGCUUACAAUGUGGACUUUUGGCGCUCUGUGCGAGGUGAUAGCAAACUUGUGCUGAAGCCCGGCACCACAAAGGAGGUUUCUGCCAUUUUAAAGUACUGCAACGAACGUAAGCUGGCUGUUUGCCCGCAAGGUGGCAACACCGGUGUGGUGGGCGGUGCGGUGCCCGUAUUCGACGAAAUCGUGCUAUCGCUGACGCGAUUGGACAAAAUUCUGCACAUUGAUGAAAUUACUGGCAUAGCGGCAUGUGAAACGGGUUGCAUUUUGGAGAAUUUGGAUAACAAAGCGCAUGAACUAGACUUAGUGGUGCCCUUAGACUUGGGUGCCAAAUCUAGUUGUCAUGUUGGUGGCAAUGUCUCCACCAAUGCUGGUGGCUUGCGUGUAGUACGCUACGGCAAUCUGCAUGGCAGCGUGUUGGGUUUGGAAGUGGUACUGGCAAAUGGUGAAAUUUUGGAUUUGAUGUCUGACUUCAAAAAGGACAACACAGGCUAUCAUUUGAAGCAUCUUUUCAUUGGCGCAGAGGGCACCUUGGGUGUGGUGACUAAAGUGUCCAUUUUGUGUGCGCCAGCGCCACAGGCACAACAUCUGGCCUUUUUGGGCUUACCCAACUUUGAAGCUGUGCUGAAAACAUUCAAAAGCGCCAAACGAAAUUUAGGUGAAAUUUUAUCGGCUUGCGAAAUGAUUGAUGCGCCAACGUUGGACGCCAGUUUGCAGCAUUUCCCACUUAACUCACCAAUUAGCGGUUUUCCAUUUUAUAUGCUACUCGAGACAUCUGGCAGCAAUGGCACACAUGAUUUGGAGAAAAUUAAUAAGUUCGUUGAAAUUGGCAUGGAAAGGGGAGAAAUUAUUGAUGGCACCAUAGCGGCUGAAUCGCGUAAGAUGCAGGAAAUUUGGAAGCUGCGUGAGCUGGCACCGAUGGCUUUAACCAAAGACGGCUAUUGCUUUUACUAUGAUCUUUCGUUACCCUUACGCGAUUUCUAUAGUAUAGUGGAGGUAAUGCAAAAACGUAUAGGAUCGCUGGCAACUAGAGUCACAGGUUUUGGUCACUUGGGUGAUUCGAAUUUACAUUUGAAUGUUUCAUGCCCGGCAUAUACCGACGAACUACACCACAAAAUUGAGCCUUUUCUUUACGAGUAUACCCACAAACUGAAAGGCAGCGUCAGUGCAGAACACGGCAUCGGUUUUAUUAAAAAGAAUUAUUUAAAAUAUAGCAAGUCAUCGGAAGCGAUUGCAAUGAUGCGUGAUGUGAAGAAAUUGUUGGAUCCCAAGGGUAUAUUAAACCCAUAUAAGGUGUUAAAUUAACGCUCAUACUAUUAUAUAACUAUACUAAGUAUGUGUGUUGCAUAAAAAAAGAAAUAAAUAUAACCACAAAAUAUGCAUUUAU